AUUGGCUAAACAAAUAAAAACAAAGUUCUAGCGAAGGCUGAUGGCAUCAGAGGAGCGAUAAGCGGAGAAAUAAAUGAGGACGGAGACUCCGAGAGAGGAGCCAAGCACAGAAAACUUGCCGGGUGGGAAGGACCUUUAAGGGAAAUGCAAGACGUGGAAGAAAAAGCGCAGAGUUUAGGAAAGUUACGAGAAUAAAAGAAAAGCAAAAAAAAAAAACAAAACUUUUGGAAGAGAAAUUUGGAAAGAAGGUAAGCGGCAGGUGACGGGCAGCAGAGGGUGACGGGCAGCAGAGGGGACGGGCACAGAGGGUGACGGGCAGCCGAGGGGACGCCGGAGUACCCACCACCCUCCUCCCCACAACACAGGAAGACGUGGUUUCCUUUGCUGUCUCUGGUAGAGCCGGACUUUGGGGACGGGGCUCUGGAGACGACGCUGCCAAAGGAGCACAUGGGAAGGAGCGGCUGGCCCCUGUUUACAACAUGCCUUCCUGCAUCCCGAGGGAAAGCGGCCCGCAGCAACAUGCACAGCAACGAGCUCACCGACAUCUCCAUCCUCAACUCCCAGCCCAAAGUGGACAUCCUGUGGGAGCCCCCCUCCGAGAACCUGAGGAAGCUGAAGGAGAGGAAGGUGCUGGUGGAGCAGAAGAAGAGGCUCUCCGCCUGGAUCCUGGUCUUGGCUCUGCUCGGCAUCAUCUUGAUGGUCAUACACACCGAGGUGGUCCCGGCCGCCAUCUGCGAGUGGUUUGUCUACCUGUUCCUGAUAAAAUGCAGCAUAACCAUCUCCACCAUAGUCCUCCUGAUCCUCAUCAUCACCUUCCACGUCAAGGAGAUCCAGCUCUUCAUGAACGACAACUCUCUAGUGGACUGGCGGACUGCUUUAAAUGCCAAGAAAGCUGCCUGCAUUUUGCUGGAAAUCGUUGUGUGCGCCAUCCAUCCAUUUCCCUAUGAACAGCAUUGUCGUGGACAAGGAGGGUCAAACUCUUCCAAGGAACCUAUGGUUUUUCUCAGCAACCUGGACAUUUUCUUGUCCAUCAUGAUGUUCCUACGAGUCUACAUAAUACCCAGGACUGUACUACUCCACAGCAAGGUGUUGGUAGACGCCUCUUACCGAAGUAUAGGAUCCCUCAAUCAAAUCAAAUUUCAGUAUCCUUUCGUCAUAAAGAUCCUCAUGAACACCUGUCCAGGCCGAGUCCUGCUCACGUUGACCAUCAGUCUGUGGGUCGUCUCCUCUUGGGUCUUGUCUGUGUGUGAGAGGGGAGAUUCUCCUGGCAAUGGUAACUUGACAGACACCAUGUGGCUCAUCCCAAUCACCUUCCUGACCAUCGGCUACGGAGACAUGGUUCCGCAUAGCGCGUGCGGCAAGAUGGUCUGCCUGUUCACCGGAGUCAUGGGAGUCGGGUGUACAGCGCUGAUAGUCGCCGUCGCUGCUCAGAAACUGGAGUUCACCAAGGCCGAAAAGCAUGUACACAACUUUAUGAUGGACAUACACUACAUGAAGCAGAUUAAAUGCGCAGCGGCGAAUGUGCUGGGAGAGGCCUGGCUGCUCCACAAACACACCAGGCAACGGGACAGAGCCAAAGUACGGCAACACCAGAGGGAUCUGCUGGCGGCCAUUCACAUAUUUCGUCGCAGGAGAAUAAAACACAAAAAUCUGAAAGAUCAAGUGAAUGCCAUGGUCGAUAUCUCCAAGAUGCAGAUGAUCAUGACCGACCUGGACUACAACUUCACCUCUUCCCACCAAGAUUUGGAGAAGAGGAUCGACCAACUGGACAAGAAGCUGGAUGACCUCAGCCGUCUAAUCAUGACAGCCCUGGAAUCCCCCCAGAUAUCUCACUGACACAAGAUGUCCCCCUUUUCCUGGACUCUGUUUACCACUGGAGCAUUGUCUUGCAUUUUACCAUCCCCUUCGUUGUCGGAAGGGUGGUGGGACACAACAUGGACAAUCUAGCUGCUUGUAGAACCUCAAUAGACUAAUGAACUUAGAUGAACUUACUAGAGGACCACUCCUAAACUGCCUGACUCUUUGCAAUAAAGAGGCACUUUUUGGACUAUUGAUUCUCAUGGGACCAUUUAAGGAAAAAACUGACAUAUCAAACAUGAGGUGGAAUAAUAAAUGUAUUUAAAAUUGGGAGAUUUAUGAUGUAGAUAUACGUGAUGCACAUAAAAUGAUAUGCAGUUACAGAAAGUA